CACCCCCUCCAACUGCUCUUCUUGUUUAGUCAUUCGUUUCUUCCUCCACCCCCUCCUCUGUCAGCUCUGCAACUGCAACUGCAACUGCAACUAUCCCUUUUCUCUAUCUCAUCUGGUAUUCAUGGACGCCCACAUCGCCCUCCUCCCCAGCCCCGGCAUGGGCCAUCUCAUCCCCAUCGUCGAAUUCGCCCGCACCCUCCACCGCCGCCACGCCAUCUCCGCCACCCUCAUCCUCCCCACCGACGGGCCCCUCUCCCCGGCCCAGUCCUCCUUCCUCUCCACCCUCCCCCCCUCCGUCCGCUGCCUCCUCCUCCCUCCCGUCGCCCUCCACGAUCUCCCCCCCGACGUCAAAAUCGAGACCCGCAUCUCUCUCACCAUCACCCGGUCCAUGCCCUCCAUCCGCGACGCCCUCGCCUCCUCCUCCCCCGCCGCCCUUGUCGUCGAUCUUUUCGGCACCGACGCCUUCCAAGCGGCGGUCGACCUCCGUAUCCCCCCCUACAUUUUCUUCCCUUCCACCGCCAUGCUCCUGUCGCUGUUCCUCUACCUGCCCACGCUGGACGAGGCGGUGUCGUGCGAGUACGCGCAGGUUCCCGAGAAAUUGCGGAUUCCGGGAUGCGUCCCGAUCCACGGCAGGGAUCUGUUAGACCCACUUCAGGAUCGAGGGAACGACGCCUAUAAGUGGGUCCUCCAUCACGCACGCAGGUACAGGAUGGCCCAUGGGAUCAUCCUCAAUACCUUCAGGGAGCUGGAGCCCGGCGCAGUGGAGGCGCUGCUCCUGAAGAAGAAGAAGAAGAAGAAGGACAACAGUUGCAGCAUUCCAGCUGUGUAUCCGAUCGGGCCUCUGAUCCAGACGCCCGAUCAGCAUCAGGAGGGUGCCUCCUUCCUCAAGUGGCUGGAUGAGCAGCCCGGCGGGUCGGUCCUCUAUGUCUCCUUCGGGAGCGGCGGGACUCUGUCGCACGCUCAGAUGAUCGAGCUUGCCCUGGGGCUGGAGCUGAGCGAGCAGAGGUUCCUGUGGGUGGUGCGACGCCCCAACAGCAACAUCUCCAACGCCUCCUACUUCAACAGCAACAAUUCCGACGACCCCCGGGCGUACCUGCCGGAAGGGUUCGAGGAGAGGACGAGGAAGCAGGGGGUUGUGGUCCCGUUGUGGGCCCCGCAGGCGCAGAUAUUGGGUCACGAGGCGACGGGGGGGUUCCUGACGCACUGCGGGUGGAACUCGACACUGGAGAGCGUGGUGAACGGAGUGCCGAUGAUAGCUUGGCCGCUGUACGCAGAGCAGAGGAUGAACGCGGUGAUGCUGGUGGAGGAGGUCAAAGUGGCGCUGAGGCCCAGAGAAGACGGCGAUGGGGUGGUGGGGAGGGCGGAGGUGGCGAGGGCAGUGAAGGGGCUGAUGGAAGGGGAGGAAGGGAAAGGGAUUAAGAAUCGGAUGAGGGCCCUCAAGAAUGCGGCGGCGACGGCGGUGGCGGUGGCCGUUGGAGGAGAAAGAGUUGAUGGUGGUGGGGACGGGGACGGGGACGGGGACGGGAGGAGUAACGAUAAUAAUGAUAAUGAUGACAAUAAUAAUAUGAAGAAUGAUGGUGGAGAGUCCACUAAGUUUCUGGCGGAGUUGGUAGCCCAGUGGAGGAAGAGCGACGACGCGGCCGCCACUGUGUCUCAUCUUUCUGUCUAAAAACUUAAUUGAAACUGUCAGAAGACUCCUCCGUGUUUAAUUAUUGCAUUAUGAGUAUAUAAGAAAAUAAUUUCGAGAUUACGAGAAAGAAAGAAAGAGGCCAUGGGUGAUUCAAAUUCGAAUUUAAAAAUGAACGACUAAAGCCGUCAGCUUCAUUGAUCAA